AUGCUCGAUUAUUACGAUCUUCUUUUUAUAGCUAACGAAAAAGAUAAACGCAAAUGCGUCCUUCCGGAUCCCGAUAAGUUCAACGGUACGGUUCAGCGGUGGAAUACCUGGCUCCCCUCAAUCAAGGCCAAGCUUCUCGUCGACGGUAAGGCUCUUGGCGGACCCACUGCGCAGUUCUACUACGUUUACUUCAAUAUGGAACCCGGUCCCCAAGCAAUGGUUUUGACUCAAUUGGCCUCAGCUCAAGACUCCGCUGAGGAUAAGCUGCUUGCUUGCAAGCAAGGUACGGACGCUCUCCAUAUCUACGUCUCACGCUUCGAACGACUUUUGCACGCUGCUCGCUAUCAGACCUGGCCCGACGCUAAUAAGAUUAUUGCGUUCCGCAAUGGUCUGAACUCAACUAUACGGACCCGUUUAAAUGGCCAAUUGACUCUCCCAACCACGUAUACCGAAUACGUGCACGUCACUCAGCAGCUUGGACGCUCAUCCGGCUCUUCCGGCCUUUCCGGCCCGUCCCACGGAUUUUCUCGACCUUCGGCACCUUCGGCCCCUCUUCAGAACCGCCCUCGCACGUCAACGGGCCCUCCCCCCGGCGACCCAAUGGACCUUUCAGCAAUCGAACGCGCUCAACAACUCGAGCAAUUGCAGCACGCCAACGAGCUCGGCGCUAUAGAGCUUAUCGACGCUCACGAGGCUAACCAAACUCAGCUGUUGAAAGACCGAUACCCCACUCUCCAGCAUGCUCCUCACAGCACUCUUAAUCAGCGCGAAGCUUGGCGCAAAUCAAAUCGCUGUACCCGUUGCGGUGCAAUCGACCACUAG